GUAUGUGAUGUCAUGAAGCCCCUCCCCCUCUCUCUAACUUCUGCUUUGACUCGUGUGUUGGCGGUUUAACGGACAGAAAGUGAGACGAGGAAAGACGCAGACUGUCACCGAGAGACAUCAACACAAAUCUGAUCACAUGAACAACAUGGAAGACAUCACAACAGCACUUCCCACCGAGGACCUCUUCUCCUUUAGCCCCUCCCCCGGUACUGAAGAUUAUGACAUCCCGGACAUGAUGUGCGACCGUGAGCCUGUGCGGCAGUUCAGGAGUCACUUUGAGCCGCCGUUCUAUUGGCUCAUCGCCUUGGUGGGCGGAGCCGGGAACCUGACUGUGGUGUGGAUCUAUCUGAACCUCCGGCGCCGGCUGAAGACCAUGACGGACGUGUACCUGCUGAACCUGGCGGUGGCCGACCUUCUGUUCCUGGUCACUCUGCCGCUGUGGGCGUCUGAAGCCACGCACGGCUGGAGCUUCGGACUGGCCCUCUGUAAGGUGAACGCCGCCCUCUACAAGGUCAACCUGUUCAGUAGCAUGCUGCUGCUCACCUGCAUCAGCUGCGACCGCUACGUGGUCAUCGUCCAGACCGCCAAGGCCCAAAACUCACAGGCAGAGCGUCGCCGCUGCAGCCGGUUGGUGUGUGUAGGGGUGUGGUCUGUGGCGCUGCUGUUGGCUGUUCCUGACUUAGUGUUCACACACAUCAAGGAGGCGGAGUCACAGCAGUACUGCAGGAACGUGUUCCCGCCUCACCUGGGCAGGAGCACUAAGAUCCUGGUCCUGUCCCUGCAGGUGAGCAUGGGCUUCUGCCUGCCCUUCCUCAUCAUGGCGUUCUGUUACAGCGUCAUCUUCAUCAAGCUGCUCCGGACCAGAACCUUCCAGAAGCACAAGGCCAUGCGGGUCAUCGUGGUCGUGGUGCUGGUGUUCGUCCUGUCGCAGCUGCCCCACAACGGCGUGCUGGUGAUGGAGGCGGUGCAGGCCAACAACACCACCAUGAUGGGCUGCGACCAGCUCAACGGUUUCGACAUUGUGGGCCAGGUACUGAAGGGCGUGGCCUACAUGCACGCCUGCCUCAACCCCUUUCUCUACGCUUUUGUUGGCGAGCGUUUUCGCCGCGACGUGCUGCAGCUGCUGAGCGUCUGCCGCCGGCGUCCGCUCGUUAAGAGUCCGCAGAGUAAGUCGUUCAGGAGCCGAGUCACCAGCCAAUCAGACAGUGACACCUCACAGGCGCUGUCACUGUAGAGACCACUCAGCUGAUGACAUCAUCAACGAUCUCAUUGGUUCAUUUCAAACGAGGACUUCAGGUUUUUGUGUUUCAUUUAAGAUGUUUAGCAGAGAAACAAACCAAAGUUUUCAAAGGACCGCCUGUAUAUAACUGUGAAGCCUUUUUUCUAUUUUAAGCUGCUGUGAUUGGACAGAUUCUUUGUUUGUUUACAUGAAGUUAGGCGUCUGAGCUGCUAACAGAUGCUAACAGAUGCUAACAGAUGCUAACAACUGUGUCCCCAUGUGUUUGAAUAAAGAUGAUUGCGUGUGUGAA